UUCCGGAAAUGAGCGACGUUCUUAUUGCUGGCGCUGUGGUCAUCACGUUAAUGUCGGAUUGGUGUUUAGGUUCAGAUAAAUUCAAGGAAUAGGCGAACACAAAGACUUGGAGAAGCAUCGAAUUUCAUUUUAAGUUCUGAUUAAAAAGUUGGGAUGAAUAAUUGUCCAAUUAACUUUAGUUUAUUUAAUGGCAGAUAUUGGAAAUUCCACAGUAAAAAGGAAGACAUAUUUAUUAGACAUCGAAGUGUAAUAAACCGUCGACAAAUACAUUUAAAUCGUUCUUAAUUUAACGGGUGGUGAAUCAUUUUAAGUGUAACUUAUUUGCAUUAAAUCGCACUGCAAAGGGUAUUUGCAACAGCAGUUGCUCCGCAGCUUGGCGUCGUUGCAGUUAGGUUGGAUUUUGGAUUGUAACGCUAACCAGAGAUUUAAACGGUUCGCUGCUAAAGGGGAGGGUUUGUUGGGUUAGCGCUAACUUGGCUAACGUUACUGUCGAGUCUACUCGAGUCCAAUAAAGGUCGAUACGUCCAAACAGUUUCACUUUUAGGCUUCCUUGAGAUUGUUAUUUGCUAUAUUGCUAACUGGUUAGAUUUAUCGUGUGGUGUUAGUUACUGUGUUUAUUGUGAUGGCGGUGUAACUGAAAAGGUCAGUAAUAUAACGCUAGUCUAGCUAACGUUACCGCCAACUAAAAGUUCAUUGUUUUGGGUGUGACAGUUAGCUAGCUAGGUCAUGCUAGCUAUCUAGUUCGAUAGUCAUAUCACUUAAGGCUGUUCGGUUGUACUAAAAAGUUAUAUUGUUUGAAGAUAAAAAUGAAACUUUUGGAGAACUCAAGUUUUGAAGCCAUAAACUCCCAGUUCACUAUUGAGACGGGAGACUGUCAGAUAAUUGGACGGAUCGAGAGCUACUCUUGUAAGAUGGCAGGAGAGGACAAGCAGAUGUUUAAGCAAUUCUGUCAGGAGGGUCUUCCGCACGUUUUGGAGGCCUUGUCACCUCCUCAGACCGGAGGCAUUAGCCCCAACAAGCUGAGCCACAGUCAGAGCGGAGAUGAAGGGGAAGGUCCACUGUCGGACAAGUGCAGCAGGAAGACGCUCUUUUACCUGAUUGCCACCCUCAAUGAGUCCUUCCGUCCAGACUACGAUUUCAGCCGGACCAAAGGGCAUGAUUUCAGCAGAGAGCCCAGCCUGAACUGGGUUACUAAUGCUGUGAAUAGCAGUCUGUCUGCAGCAGCCGGAGAGACCUAUAGCAAGCUGCAGCCCUACCUCUGGGAGGCUAUUGAUACAGAGAUUUGUCUCUCUGAGUGUGACAUUUACAGCUAUAACCCUGACCUGGAUUCAGACCCUUACGGUGAGGAGGGCAACAUGUGGUCCUUCAAUUACUUCUUCUACAACAAGAAACUGAAGAGGAUUGUGUUCUUCACCUGUCGCUCAGUCAGCCUCUUCAUGGCUCCACGAGACUCUGGGUUCGGGAAUGAUCUAGAUCUGGAGCUGGACGAAGACUACGAGGAAGAGGAGAACGUGGACGAGGAGAGGUGCGGAGCGGUGUGUGCACAGUGAGGACGAGGACGAGGCUCAAGCUGCCACCUUCCUCAGCAGAUGAAGUUGAGAGUCAGGACGACUGUCUCCCAUCCCAUCGCUCUGCGCUUCCACGCCUCAGGAUUUGGGUCACGACCUCAAAUCCACCCGCACGAUUCCUUCCUUGUGAUUCCUCUGUGGGCCUGAGAGACAGCCCUGAAAUAGGGGAAUGUACUGAGGGGUACUGAUGACCCGCCGCCUCUGUUUGUUCUCAGCUGUGCGUUAUUUUUUUAGUUUAUGUCUGACACGUUACUAGACAAAAUUUCCAUUUGUCAUAUGCGCUCUUUUGUCAGUAAGGGUAUUUGUGAAGAAAAGGGAGAGUCUCCACACUGACUUCUCAUUAAGACGCCCAUGUUUAAUAGUGCAGAGUAAUUAAAAAAUGUAGUAUCAUAAGUCAGUGUGAGGACAUUCUGUCUUUGUUCUCUCUGACUAGCCUUUGUUUUUGUGUCCUGCACCUGACCCCAGUCUUGGGUGGGAUGUUCACAUUCCUCUAAAGAAAACAUGUUUGGACACCAUUGACAUCCAUGGUCCAUUACUCCUUUAUUCCAUCUGUCAUUCACGCCUAUGUUUAGAUGUAUUUUGGCACUGUUGUUUUUUUUGUUUUAAGUCAUCCAAACAAUAUUUUUGCCAUUCCAAACAUUUACAGACGGGGUGAAACAGGCUGUGUCAUUUCAUUUUAAACCACAAGGGGGCACAUUCUACCAACAACAGAAUUUGAUUAUCAAGCGCUGCUUGGACGUCACUGUUCUGUUUUCUUUUGGAGCGGCAUUACUGUUCGACAACUUGUGUUGUUUUAUCUCAUGUUGGUAGUGAUUACGUAUGCAUAUUCUGUUUCAAAUGGCGCAGCAGUAAGCAUCCUGUUAGAUAUGUUGUCUUUAUCCACUCCAUUAAAAUCACAACAAAGGAUGUACAGUCUAGAAUGGUUGAGGGUUGUUCAUCUCAUCCUUACAGGAGAAACCUUAAGUGUUCCAGAUAGCGCCUUGUUUUCAGUUUAUGUAUGCAUUCCACCUUCUGUUUCGCAAUGCUCAACACCAAAUGCUCUUACGUACAGUCCUUUCAACCUAAUUUGCGUAUCUUUUUAUUCACAUUGUAACGUAGGUUGCUUUUAGCCUGUAUAUUAAACUUUUAAAUGGUAUUGAUUAAAUAGGCGGUAUUUACGUACAGUUCUCAGUGUAUGUGGUGAGAGUUAUUCUGGCUAAAUGACGGAUAACACAGCUACUCUCUCCCAACUGGCUAUGGGUUUCCUGUAGCUUCUUCAGUGUUACUUGUUGAAGUGUCUCAUUUGAUGAGAAUCUCUCAAUGCCCUCAAUUCCAGAGAUGUUUUUAUUUGAUUUGUUUCCAAGAAAAAGGAGUGAUGGAGGGGAUUUGUUCUUAUCCCUUUUCCCCUGUUUCAGGUUGUGAAAAAGUGCUUUGAGCUGUAUACAGCUUAUGGUUGUUUUCUCUUUUGCAUUUUUUUUUUUUUUUUUUGCGAUAGUGUUUAUUUCCAUUAAGACCCAAACAAGAGGGAUUGUCUGAUGUAAGAAUGUUUGUCCAGUAUAGCUGCAACACAGUGUUUUUCACACUGGAGAAGUGUGUUUCAUCAUCUUGUUUUGUUGUUUUUGUGUCUGUUUAUCAAUAGCCAUUAUGUUUUAUAUUAUUAUCAUUAUAUUCAGCCAACAGAUGCUUAAGGCAGCUGUUACAUCACAGCAUGAACAUUUGACUGUUAGCUUGUGUGUGAGAGUCACCAUCUUUGUUUAUGUCUCAGAAAGGUUGUGGUUGGGCUGUGUGCUGUCAGCAUCUUAUCCCAUCCGUGGCAGUAUUUUAUCUUGAUCUGUGAUGGGAUUGGCACAUCUUUCAGCAUAGAUAGCCUCAGUCUGAGCCCAGGGUGCCAGUGGGCAGCAUGUUCAUGCAUUUACAUGUUCAUGCAUUUGCAUGUGGUCAGAUUUGAGGCGAGGAGAGGCAUGUAGCUAAGCCCAGUGUAGGUAGUAUAGGCGCUUUGUCUCUUUGAUAUUUGAGUUAUGUGGUGUGGUCAUACUUUCCCCCACCUUCACUGAGCACUGUUGGGUUUUUGUUUUAGCCGUUAGGGUCCGCGACCCGGAGUGGGUGUUUGUGAAACAGCCGACUGUUGUCACACACACCUCUCUCUGGAGAUUUGUCUGAAACGCUUCCUGCCAUAGUGAAAAUAGCCAUUGUUCCUUUUUCUCUUACUCCCAAAAUGUCAGCAAACAAGGGGUUGGCACAGUACAUGUUGAUGACAUGAUUUGGUGGGGUGGAAUUCCUCUGUUGUCAUCUGCGGUGAUGUGUUGGCGUCCCAUGGUGCUUCUUGUGAAACUAACAGGUAUUUGUGGAAGCGGGGUGUUCUUUUUUUUGUCUUAAAGGUACCGACAGCUGUGUUCUGUUUGAUGUUUCUUGUGAGAAAUGGGAGUGAGAGAAGUCAGAAAAAGUGGAAUGGAGUUUUUAUUUUUCUUUACAAGGUGUCGCUGCCUAAUAACUUUCAUUAAACUCGCAGAAGAAUCUGGAUACAGGCCAGACCCGAUGCAUGGAAAAGAAGGAUGAAAAAGAGAGGAGUUUGUCUGGCAGAAAUUAUUUAGUUUCAGUCUCUGAACACCUCACAUGACUACUGGCAGCGUUUGUGGAGUCUUAAGGAUUAUGUUUUUGUUGUGUAAUAAAACAUUUAAAAUUCA